AUGCCGUUUUCAACGGAUGUAUGUUGGGGAAUAUUUCUGACAAGAAAUUUAGCAACAAUAAUAUCAAGUUUAGAAUCCAAGUGCACAUCGAUAUCGACCACUAUGUGUGACUCAAGAGCCCGUUGCAUGAAGACAAUAUCUAAUACAGUAAUAGUAAUUAAUAUUAUUUUCGUUAGUCAAUACCAUCUACAUACAUUGGAAACGUAUUUCUCGACACCUUCGUUAUUUCUGUCAUCAAACAAUAUACCACUUCCAAUGUAUUCAUAG